UGGUAACAAGUAAAGGCAAAAGUACGAAGCAAGUACACCAGAGAUAUCGUGAUAUCUUCCAUCAUGCUUUCACGUACCGUGACUCAGUGACGCACGAGUAGUUUAUCCAUUUACACGCAAAACCCCACCAGAACGAAAUUAAAGGCAGGUGUUCCAUCCAUCAGUAUGACAGUCGAACAUGGAGAUGGUAUUCCAUAUUUGGUUAAUUCUAUUGGGCUUGCUACAAAGUGUUACAGGUAGUGCAGAAACGGCAGAAUGUGCAACUAACAAUGCCACUGUUUCGAAGAUUUUACAUCGGCAAAAACGAAUCGUGUAUACAUUCAACAGUGCUACUGGAAUUCUGGUAGCCAUAUCCGUACCGUUGACCAUCCCCGAAAGAAACAUAUUUGUCUCGUACAAUUUUGAAAUGAAUUACAACAUGCCAACGGAUUCGACGGAUUAUACUCAGGGAGUAUUGAAACGGCUUGAGUCUCCGGAUCUGAAUACACCCAGUAAUGGUGCGGCAAGGCAACUUAUCCCAAAGAAGCGAGAUGCAUACUUUACCAGGAAGAAAAUGUAUCGAACGAUCGAGAACAACCUAAAUCGACUUGGGCUCAAUGGAAAACGGUGCAUUCUCCGAGCAAUCUGUGAAACCGCAGACAACCCUCUUCAUGUACAUAACGGCAUUUUGGGUGAUUUGAUUCAUAUACUGCUAACUCCAUCGCACUCAAAGGAUGAACAAUUACCAACCGAGUUCUACCGAGCGGAAAAGUUGGGACUCGGGCACGAUUGCAGCAAAUAUCGAAAGCACUGCCCCAAAAGUGUAUUGGACAUGAUAAGUGUACUAAUUUGAAAAAGCAGAUAGAGAAUGAUAAAACUGUUGAAUACCUCAACUUGUAAGAAUAAUUUAAAAAUUAGGUAUCCCGAGCAGCGCGUGCCAAAAAAAGUCGUAACCCAUGUGGAACACGCGUGCUGCUAGGGAUGUUAAGUGACAGGAAUUUAUAACAAUAAGUCAUCGUUAGCAGAACUAGACACAACCAACGUAUGUUAGAUUUUGUUCAAACUUCUAAAAUUUUGUAAAUUCAAUUUCUAUAUAGAUAACAGAAGGUUUUAUAAAGAAUUCUAGAAAAAAAACUAAUAACUGGUGUGGUGUAUGUAAAUUUUUGUAGUGAAACCUUUUAUUAAUACUGUUACAAUAAGGACUACCAAGCGAUAGCAAAAGAUAUAAAUAUAAGACAAAAGAUAUAGAAAAAAAUUGCAACUUUUUCCGGGUUCCUCGCUUGAAAAUUUCUUAUAUGAAAUCGUUAAAGUCACUUGAACAUAAAUGGUUUUGGACAGCUUCAAAGACUAUAAUUCAUUGAAUAAACUACCCAAAUCCGUAAACCAGUUACGAAUGAAAAGUAAAUAUGGUCAGGUUACUAUUUUUCAAAAAAAGAAUCCGAAUCAUAGGGAGAUGGACCAUUUGGGCUGCAACCCCUAUUUCCGUCCCUAUCGUUAUUCCAUUACAUCAUUUUUGCAUUUCA